CUGCCUCGCCACACACUUCAGAGCUCGCUCGUAAAGUGCAGUUUACUUGAAUUAAGUGAUUUUUUGUUUUAAAUAUGUUGGACCUAACGUCGUGGACGCCGGAAUACUUCUGCGAAAAUGCAACGAGUUGCGCGGAACACCUUUCGAAAGCGGAAGAUCGCGCCACAAUCCCACUGCUAAACUGCAGCAAGCUGCACAACCUGCGGGACAACACGCUGGUUCGGUUCCGCGGAAUGAUCCAAGAUAUGCAGGACCCGGAGUGCUUUCUGGAGCGGUACGAGGUGCGCCGGAAGGGCGGCGAUGGCGGGCUGGUGCGCGUUCAGGACGGUCGCUACCGAGACGUGCUUGUGAUGAACAAGGACGAAGAAACGGUCGAUCUGAGGGCUUCGAGCAACAAGUACGGCGAGCGGAGGUCCAUGUUUGUGAUUUCGAUCCCCGGGUACAACGGGUGGGCUGUGGAGUGCGAGGAGAAGCUGAGCGGUGGUGGUGGUGGGGUGUUGAGUGCUGGGGUGAAUGAAGUCGGGAGUCCAAGGUCGGUGAAGAGGCCGCUGGUGGAGGAUGAGGAUAUGGAGGUGGAUGAGGCUGGUGGUGUUAAGGAACACCAGUUCAAAAAACCUUUGGUGCCUGCGGCAACAUCGACGACUAAGGGAUCUUCCGGAAGUACGUCGACCUCAACUGGCACGAACGGCAAGAUUCUUUCAGCGGAAUAUCUCCUGAACUCGCCAAUCCCUGAUCGUCCAAGCAAAGCUUGUCUGAUCAAACUGUACUCCAACUUGGAAGAAUCCACUCUCAAUUCGCUGGUCGACGUCGUUGGAUUCCUUUCGGUUGACCCCGCCCUAGACGGUAGCACCGACCAGAUGGAAGACGAGGACGAGCUUUCCGAACAUCAGGCAACGCAUCCACCUCCGUCCCUAAUCCCUCGAAUCCACGCCAUCAGCGUUCAAAAGCUCAAACACGUCAACCCACUCGUACAGGAACCCGCGACUCCGCUGGAAACCUCCGACAUUUGGCGGGACAUCCAGAACCUUCUCACGCAGUGUCUUUUCGGGGAUCGAAUCGCCGCCGAGUACCUGUUCUGUCACCUGCUGUCCACGGUUUACAUUCGCAACGAGCUGGAAUCGCUUGGGCAGUUCAGUCUCAACCUGAGCAACGUUCCGGCGGAAACGCUACCCCGGUACACUGUAGGACUGUACGAGAUUCUGGAGCUGUUGCUGCCCGCCAGUCACUACUUCCCGAUGACGCUGGAGAACAUGAACACGAUGCAGUUUGUGCCCAAAAAAGACUACACCACGAACAAGCUGACCAGCGGCCUGCUCCAGCUGGCCCCCCACACCCAUCUCCUCCUCGACGAAACGCGCCUCCAAGCGGGCAAACUCGAGAGCAGCGGCGUCGAAGCCGUCCAGAACAUCGCCCACCUGAUCAAGAACCAAAAGCUCAAGUACAACUUCCAGUUCUACCAGCUCGAGUUCAACUCGGAUGUCCCAGUCCUCGUGCUAAGCGAAGGCAAAAGCAUGCUCCCCACCAACUGCCACACCCCCCUCCUCCCAGACCCGGACACAAUCCCCCUCAUCGACGAAACCCUCAAAGCUGGCAAGCACUUUAGCCAGCCCAAACUGGCGGAGAUGCGACGAUUCCUGACGGUGCAGCGCAUCCGCGACUUUGACAUGAAGACGUUCGAUCCGGAAAUCAUCCAGAAUGACUUUCUGCGGAUGCGCAAGGAGGUGGACGCCUCGGCGGAGGAUUUGCACUCGCUGCUGGUGCUGGCACGGCUGGCGGGACUUUCGCGGGGAAAGGUGUCGCUCGAUAGUGAGUGCUGGGAGCACGCGAAGGAGCUGGAGCAGGAGCGGAAGAGGCGCGUGGAGCUGUUUGCCAAGAAGAAGAAUGAACCGUGAGGUACCUGAUUGUGUGUGUUUUCUCUGUUAAGUUAUACACUUUUUUUUUCAAUAAAAUGAAGGUAUUUUUAAGCAACUUA